AUGACGCCCCCUGCCGCUGCUCUCAGAAUCCUGGCCACGGUGGGCACAGACUUCGACCUGCGAACCCUGCGAGCAGUGAGAGUGCUAAGGCCCCUGAAACUGGUGUCAGGAAUCCCCAGUCUCCAGGUGGUGUUGAAGUCCAUAAUGAAAGCCAUGGUUCCUCUGCUUCAGAUCGGCCUGCUGCUUUUCUUCGCCAUCCUCAUGUUCGCCAUCAUCGGGGUGGAGUUUUACAUGGGAAAAUUCCACAGCACCUGCUUCAAAGAUGAUGAGAUAGUAUCAACCUGGCCUUGUGGCUUGGAGCCCCCGGCCAGGUUGUGUCCGAAUGACACCAUCUGCAGAGGAUACUGGAAGGGACCAAACUAUGGCAUCACCAACUUUGACAAUAUCGGGUUUGCGGUGCUGACAGUUUUCCAGUGCAUCACCAUGGAGGGCUGGUCGGAAAUCCUCUACAGCGAGAUAGCAGCUGACUGGCACUACAUUGUGAGCCACUUACAGAGCCUUCCUUCCUCCUCCUUCUGCUUCUUGCUCUUCAUCCCUAUUGAUGACUGUAUGCUAACUCUGCCCAGAGGGGGAAUGCUCAGACCUUCCUCUCUAAUGGAUCAAAGAAAAUGUAUCCCUCCCCUUCAUUCCCAUCCUGCCCCAUCUUCUUUUUAUUUCUUUAUUGCCUCCUCCCUGCCGUCCACCCCCACCUCAUCCCCUCAUAACUUCUCCUCCCCCGGCGAGGCCACAUCCCAGAAUCCUGUGGUCUCCCAGCAGCUGACGUAG